CAUAGGAGAUGCCAUUGCAAAUGCUACCCUUGUUGCACUUGGUGUACCAUCUAGCAGAAAAAGAAUGAGAACAUAUCAGGAUCCAGGAGACUCCUUCACACCUGACGUUCACGCUUGGAACAAGGAAGAAUUUUCCAGUAGGAUACAGGAUAUAACUCGUCAGCUGCAAGAUAUCCGAGGGGAUGUGACAAGGGUUCUGAACAUACUUGGCUCUGAAUCUGGUGCAGGUCCAAGUCACUAUCAAAGUACAGCCUCAGAUCCACGCCUAAGAACAUCAAGUCUUCUGAAGGGCAGAGUGUAUGGGAGAGUUGAAGAGAAAAACUACAUAAAAAACUUGAUGACCGACGAAGAAUAUGGCAGUGUAGGUGUAACAGUUCUACCUAUUGUAGGCAUUGCAGGUGUCGGGAAGACAACUCUUGCUCAACUUGUAUACAAUGAUCCAGAUGUGCAAAGCCAAUUUAAACACAGGAUCUGGGUUCGGGUAUCUAACAACUUCGAUGAAAUAAGAGUCUCAGGAGAUAUGUUAGAUUUUGCCUCUCCCUCUGAAAAGCCACAUGAGGGAGUAUGCAGCUUCGCCAAACUCCAGGAGGUCUUGAAGAGUCACAUCAGAUUAAAGAGGGUUCUGCUUGUUUUAGAUGAUGUCUGGGAUGACAUGAGUGACUGCCGAUGGAACCAACUAUUGGCUCCUUUCAAGUCCAAUAAUGCAAGGGGCAAUAUGAUUCUUGUGACAACUAGAAAUAUGUCUGUUGCAAAAAGAAUAGGAACAACUGGACCAAUUAGAUUACAUGCUUUGGGAAAUGAUGAUAUAUGGCUGUUGUUCAAAGCAUGUGCAUUUGGUGAUGAGAACUAUGCAGGGCAUAGAAGUCUAAGCAUCAUUGGGAAGCAAAUUGCAGAUAAACUAAAGGGCAACCCAUUAGCGGCAGUAACCGCUGGGGCACUGUUAAGAGAAAAGCUUACCAUUGAUCAUUGGGGUAACAUUCUAAGGAAUGAAGACUGGAAAUUGCUAGGGCUCAAUGGAGGCAUUAUGUCCGCUUUGAAGCUUAGCUAUGAUCAUCUGCCGUACCAUUUACAUCAGUGCUUCUCGUAUUGUUCUAUCUUCCCCGACAAUUAUCAGUUUCUUGGUGAGGAGUUGGUCCAGAUAUGGAUUUCACAAGGUUUUGUGAAACAUAGGCAUUCAAAUAAAAUAUUGGAGAAGAUGGGAAUGGACUAUCUGGAUGAUUUGCUGAACCUGGGCUACUUUCACCAAGUUGGAAGACAAAACUCCUCUCAAGGCAGUCAAAAUUGCUAUGCUAUGUGUGGUCUUAUGCGUGAUUUUGUGAGGAUGGUUUCGAGAACCGAGUGUGCAAUUACAAAUGAUCUGCAAUGCAAUGACAUUUUGCCAACUGUACGGCAUCUGUCAGUAGUGACUGGUUACGCAUACAACAAAAAUCAGGUUGGGAACAAACAUUGCAGUAACAAUUUUGAAGAAAAUUUGCGAAAUAAAGUUACAUCAUUGAGAAAAUUGAGGACAUUGGUAUUGAUUGGGCAGUUCGACUCUUCCAUGUUGCAAUCCUUCCAAGACAUACUCCGAGAGGCACAUAAUCUUCGUCUAUUACAGAUUUCUGGAACAUCUGCUGAUUAUAAUUCCCUCAUGUGCAGUUUGGUAAAUCCUACCCAUCUUCGCUAUCUAAAGCUCAAAGUCGAUGAGGUGCACGAGGGUUUGCCUCAAGUUUGGAGCAAGUUUUGCCAUCUUCAAGUAUUAGAUGUCGCCUCAAACAUUGAUUCUAAUGUAAUUUAUGGCAUGAGUAAUGUUCCCAGCUUGCGGCACCUUGCUUCAAAAGAGGGAGUGCACUCUUCCAUUGCUGGAAUUGGUGAAUUGAUCUCACUUCAGGAGCUGCAC